UCAGAUGAUGCAGGACCCCAGUGUUGGCAAAAACACCCCAGUGUUUUUCGAGACCUUGACCGUAGGAAAACAAUGUUCUGUUCUCAGGAAUCAUUGUGAAGGUUGGAACUCUGUGAUAAAGAAUUGCUGGUGAUGGAUUGGUGGAGGAAAUAGUGAUUUUACACUAAAGGGAAUGAUAAGAACCCAUGUAGCAGUCAGUAGAGCUUUGCUCUCAGAAGAAAACCAACAUUAUUACCAUCUAUAUGGUGGUACAUUGUCUAUGUCUGUCCAUUAAUCUAAUCAAUGAGGAUGAUGCUGAUUCAGCAAUAUGGAGUAAAAACUCCAUGCCCAGAUGCACUGACUUACCUGAUGCUCAACCUCACUCACAGACUCACAUAAACGGAAGAGACACUCACAGUUUUGAAACUGCAGAAAUCAUAUCCAUGCAAAAAGAAAUCAACCCUGACUUUGGUGAAUAUGAUGACGAAAGUAUUAAAAGCCACUUGGGAUCCAUUCAACACAACCAAACAAUAUGUGACAUCUGCCUUGGGAAUGUCCACAAUGCUGCAAAGUAUUGUAAGACUUGCAGUGCCUCAUUCUGUGUGAACCACCUGGCUGACCACUAUAAGGCUCAAGCAUUUUCUUCACAUCAAUUAGUUAUUCCUGAACAGACACCAAGAGUGUCACCAGAAAAAAAGAGUUCGCUGAGCAUUUCAGGUCCUCUUGACCUUCCUGAGGUGAGAGUGAUGUUGUUGGGGAAGACUGGGGCAGGAAAGAGUGCAUCAGGAAACAUCAUCCUGGGCAGAGAGGCGUUUAAGUCUGAGAUGUCUGCUUUACCAGUGACCAAAUACUGUGAGAGUCAAAGUGGACUUGCAGCAGGAAGAAACAUCACGAUUAUUGACACACCAGGAAUCCCAUCAGAGAAGGGUUCAUGGCUGUCAGCAAAGAAAAUGAAAGAACUUGUACCCCAUGUUUUCUUAUUGGUGAUUCCACUGAGGAGAAUCGCUGAGGAGGACUGCAAAGAAGUUAACUGGAUUCAAAGCAACUUUGGAGAAGAGGCUCUGAAGUUCACCAUCGCUUUGUUCACUGGAGGAGGCGUGAUGGAUCAAAAUCCUGAAGAAUUUCUAAAUGACAAUUGUGGACUUCAGACUAUUCUUGAUCGUGUGGAGGGUAAACAUCAUGUCUUGAAUGACAACUUUCCAACAGACCAUCAAGUAAAGGGACUCAUCAAGAAGAUUGACCAUACACUGAUGAAGAAUGCAGGUUACGCCAACAACAAUAAAGUGAAACUAAAGAUGAAGACAGCUGUAAAACAAGAGGAGGAAAGGAAAGCACGAAAACAGAAUCGAGAGCAGAAAUUGAGAGAAAAUAAGGCAAAUAUUCCAGGUAUUCCAUGGAUGUUGCUGAUUGUGCUUGGUGUCACCACGUCACUUCAGACUCUCAGAUUCCACCACAUAACUAAAGGUCCUGUUGACCUUCCUGAGGUGAGUGUGAUGUUGUUGGGGAAGACUGGGGCAGGAAAGAGUGCAUCAGGAAACACCAUCUUGGGCAGAGAGGCGUUUAAGUCUGAGAUGUCUGCUUUACCAGUGGCCGAAUACUGUGAGAGUCAACAUGGAGUUGUGGAAGGAAGAAACAUCACUGUUAUUGACACACCAGGAAUCGCAGUAGAGAAGGGUUCAUGGCUGUCAGAGAAGGCAAAGACAAGUCUAGGACCCCACAUUUUCUUAUUGGUGAUUCACCUGGACAGAUUCGAAGAGGAGAACGACACCACAUUGAAGUGGAUCCAGACUAACUUGGGAGAGGAGGCUCUGAAGUUCACCAUUAUUUUGUUCACGGGAGGAGACCUGAUGGAGACACGUGUGGAGAGAUUUUUGGAAGAGAGCUCUGGACUUAAGACUCUGGUCAGUAGUGCUGGUGGAGGAUAUCACAUCUUCAAAAAUAUAAAUCUAGAAGGGAAGCAACAGGUUAAGGGGCUGCUGGAGAAGAUGGAGGCCAUGCUGAGAUCGAAUGCAGGCUACUCCUAUUCCCGUGGCCUGCGUGAACAGGUGAAAACAACUGUUAGGGAUGAAGAAGACCGGAAGAGGCGGGAGAUGGAAAGAUACUUUCGAGAGGCUGAAAUGGAACAACAAAAGAUGGAGCAGAAGAUUAACAAACAGAUUAAACACGAGAUGACUGCCAUGAUUGCAAAUGCAACCGCUCUUUCUAAUGAAUUAAGGGAGAACAUCACGGCAACAAGAGAGCAGAAUUGGAGGGAUCUGAUCGGGUUUGUUAGUGGAGGUAUAUCACAUGCUAUUUUCUUGAGGAGAGUACAGGAUAUAAAAUGUGAAUAUAAUCUAAAGUGGUUGUUUGUGUGUGUGCUCUCUCUGAGUGGAUUUAUGCAGAAUUAUCUUACUUUUCUGAUUGGGUUCUUAAGUGGUGCAAUUGUGCACACUGGAUUUCCCUUUUUGUGUGCCUGGUUUUCCUACCAUUGAACUAAGGCUUCGACUAGUUGCACUCAGUAAAUUGCAUCUUAGAUUUUUCGUUUGCAAACUUUGCUAAGCCUACUAUGAACUACAUGCACUUUAUUAUUUCAUGUGAAUUUAAAUUGGGACACAGUGGACAGGAUCAGCUACUGUUACUGGCCGGGUUUCCCAAAUUUGUUAAGAAGCUCUUAAGUGCUAAGAACUUCUUAGAAGCGCUCUAAGAACGUUCGAAGAACGCUCCUAUGAAGUUCUUAGUACUUUUCAACGAAUCUGUGUGUUGCUUGGGAGAGCACACUUUCAUAAACACACCUUAUCCACAAGGAGGCGCCAGCUUGCUUCUUUCACCUGAUGGCUACUGUCAUCAGGUGAAACUAUACAAGCCUUGAAGUGUUUUUAAUGAUGGAUGAGUUGGGCUGGAUUUAUUAAGGGGCAUAGCAGUGUUGGUAAUAUGCAAAAACAAAGCUUUUUAAGUGACGCUCCUACGGCCAAAGUUUGUUGAAGCUUUGACACAAUGCACCACAGCCCCAUCUGGUGGUUUAGAUAAACUACUGCAUCAACUAUGUCACCCAGAUAUAUGUAUAAAUCAUUGUCUUCAUUUGUAUUUUAAUUUAACCUUUACGUUUUCUUCAUUUUGUUAAUUUUUUGAUAAAAAAAUAAAUCACAUAAGUUGGCUAUUGAUAAUGUUUGUCAUCGUUU